AGGCGGCAGCAGAGGCAGCGACAGUCUCGGCCGCCUCGCAAUCGCGUUUUUUCAGUGGCUGUCCUGACGUUUCCCGUACCGCCGUCAGUAGAUCAUUUGCGUUCGACUCGUUGACACUGCGAUUUCGCACGCCGCAUUGUGUUGGCGUUUAUAAUUGUGCGCGCGCGCUCGCCUGUCCUAAAGUUUUAAAUCGCAAAGAUAUUCAUAAUAAUAUAUUAUUAUUAUAUCAUAUUGCACGCCGUCGUCCGAGUGUGUGCGCGCGCCUCCUGGUCGUCGGUUCGUUUUGCGCGCGCGCGUACUUGCGUUAAAAUCGCGUACUACCUAUCUAUAUUAUAGUUAUUAUUAUUAUUUUAUGUCGCUCGAGUGUGCGUGAAGAGUGCGGUUACCCAGUGCGCGACGACGAAAUUCACUUUUUCGUUUCCCUCCUCCCCACUUUGUUGUUGUGGUUUCGAUCGCGCCUCCGUGGCGAAAAUACGAUGCCGCUGGUCGAUCGGUGCGGCCCCCCGUCCCUGUAAAUCCCUCGAAAAAUCUCCCCGGACGAUAAAAGAGUCUGCCGAAAUCAUACGGUUGUCGUAGCGCGUUAUUGCCCGUCGAACGUUCAUCGCACGUUCUUAGGAACGUAUCGAUCGAGCGUCUGCCGAACGACGACGGUAAUGCCGUCGCCGAACCGUGGUAUCCGUUCGGGUGCGACCGCUGUGGUAACUGUUACUGUUGUGCGAGGAGCGAGAACAGCAGUCGCGGUCGCGGCGGCAGAUUGAGCUUGUUGAGCGAUGCCGGCCAGUGGCCGCGGACCGGACCCGACGGCCGCCGCGGUAGCAGCAGCAACAGCCGUCGCGGUUAAGAAGACCUCGCUGGAGAGCGGCGACGAUUCCGAAGAGGAAAGCGAAAUCCUGGAGGAAAGCCCCUGUGGUCGGUGGCUUAAGAGACGUGAAGUGGUGGAGCAACGAGAUGUUCCCGGAAUCGACUGCGCGUACUUGGCCAUGGACACUGAAGAGGGAGUGGAGGUGGUGUGGAACGAGGUGCAGUUCUCGGAGCGUAAAAACUACAAGGCCCAAGAAGACAAGAUCCGGCAGGUGUUUGAAAGCCUCACUCAACUCCAACAUCCCAACAUCGUGAACUUCCAUCGGUACUGGACGGACACGCAUAACGACAAACCACGCGUCAUAUUCAUCACAGAAUACAUGUCUUCUGGCUCGUUGAAACAGUUCCUAAAGCGUACCAAACGCAACGUGAAGAAGAUUUCACUGACCGCGUGGAAACGAUGGUGCACGCAAAUCCUAUCGGCCCUAAGUUACUUGCAUUCAUGUUCACCGCCCAUCAUCCAUGGGAAUCUGACCUGUGACACGAUAUUUAUCCAACACAAUGGACUCGUGAAAAUAGGAUCAGUUGCUCCGGACACCAUUCACGUGCACAUCAAGACUUGCCGGGAAAACAUGAAAAACAUGCAUUUCAUCGCGCCUGAAUGCGGAAAUUUCGUGACUCCCGCCAUCGACAUUUACGCGUUUGGCAUGUGUGCGUUGGAAAUGGCUACGCUGGAGAUACAGGGCAACGGCGACAGCGGCACGCUAGUCACGCAGGACCACAUCAACCGCACGAUCGAGUCGCUGGACGACCCACUGCAAAAGGACCUGAUCUACCAGUGUCUAACGGCCGAUUUUGAGAAACGUCCGUCGGCCCGGACGUUGCUCUUCCACCCCGUACUGUUUGAGGUGCACGCGUUGAAACUACUCGCGGCGUACGCUCUGGUCAAGACUGAACAUUUUGCCGACCGACUGUCCGAUGAGGUGUAUCCUCAGGAAAAAGUGAUUGCUGAGAUACUGCACCCCGACGACGAAACUCGAUCGGUCCAAUUCAAAAUGUCCGAUGUCCCGGAAAGCAAUAAGCUCGAAAAGUUCGUCGAAGACGUCAAAUUUGGCAUUUACCCGUUGACUGCAUAUGCCCUGGAAGCUGGACCUGUGCGGCUUACCACGUAUCAGCCACAGAGUCCGACCGGUUCCAUGGACCAGUCUAUCCCGUCGGAUAGGAGCAGCUCCGGCCCGAUCGACGUCGAAGUCAGACGUAUCGUCAACACGAUGUGUAACAUCAAACCGCGAGACGAUGCUCAAAAUGACUUUAUGAUGACAAUUCUACUGCGGAUGGACGACAAGAUGAAUCGUCAACUGACGUGUUCCAUAACGGACGCGGACACGGCGCUGUCUCUCUCUCAGGAGUUGGUGCACUUCGGCUUCAUCAAUGAGUCGGACAAGGACAAGAUAUUCGUGAUCAUCGAAGAGACACUGUCCGAGGGCCCACACUUCAAAGAAGACUACGACCACUCGUCCGUGCCGGUGGACGUCGAAUCGCCGCCGAUGUCGCAGAAACGAUCGUCGGCCGCCGCCACCCCGUCGUCGUCGUCCAGGCCCAGCGUCAUACGGUCGCCCGUGAAACGCGACGGCAGUUAAUGAUAGCUACGUGGCCAACGCCAGUUGGUCACUCGGUUUCGUCCAACCCGUCGACCGUCGGCGACGACCCCGCGGCCACGAACCGCGUACCGUUUAUAUUCGCUUCUUCCAAGUUUAAAAAGUAUAAAAAACACAUUGCAGUGCGUCAUCGUUACGAUAACGUCGACCAUAUUUCCUCCAACCGGUCAUCCACGUCAAUUCAAAUCAAACAAAACGUGCGAGAAACAAAAGCGAAUUCAAUAAAACAACAACAAUCUCCCCCUUGCAUAUUAUACGUCAUACAAACUCGUCGAGUGUUAAACAUACACACCCACCCACACACACACACAUAUAUGUAUAGUGUUUAUGUAUAUAAAUAUAUAUUAUAAUAGAACAUAAGAACGUAGACUUGAGUCAUAAUAUUGUUAUAAGUAUAUAAUAUAUAUACAUAAUAUAUAAAUGUAUGUAUGUACGAGAGUAUAUUAUUAUAUAUUCGAUUACGAUAAGCUUAAUAUUUUAUACUGAAUAUUAAUAAUAUAAUAAAAAAUAAUAAUAAUAAUAAUAAUAAUAAAGAUAACGAAAAUAAUAAAAUAAUGUUUAAUUAGAAUAUGGGAAAAAGACACCUACAUUAUUUGUUUUAUAUGAUACAUAUUAUAUUAUACUCUAUAUUAUAUUCAAUUAUUAAAUAUCCGUCGUACAAUUUUUAUUGUUAAUCACAUCAUAUUCAUUCCAACAAAAACAAAAACAAAAAAAAAUUUAAAAAAAAAUAAAGAUUUCAAAAGAAUCGCUCAAUGUAAUUUUUUAUAUAAUUAUUUUAUUUAUUUUUAUUUUUAUUUUUUAAUUAUUAUUAUUAUCGAUGCUUUUAUUCAACGUGCUCUAUUUAUUAUUAUUGUUCACAUUCAUCAUUUAAACAUAUUAUUAUCUUCUCUCAAACUCGUUAAUCAGUUACCUACCUGUCUUUUUCGGCUAAUUAUAUAUUAUAUUAUGUAUGGUCUCAAAAGUCGUAUGACCUUCCGCUAUUUACACUGUGUACAUGUAGAACUAUUUUAACACGUUUACUAUGUACCAAUUUAUGUCAUUCGCCUAACAAAUGUACGGUGUGUUGCGUUCAAAAUGUGAUAUGUUUUAAAUUUUUUUUU